AUGAAUUCACUCAAGCACGUGCUGUCACCAACAGCGUUCACAAUAAACGCUCGAGACUAUCUUAUAUAUGACCCUGAGCGAAGCACUAUCGUCCUUCAACUUCAUUCUGCAGAUAAUGUUCAAGUGAGCGUGGGUCCUGCUCAAAUAGCAAGCGACCUGUCGGAAGAAAGGUUAUUUGACAACGCGAUUCUUGAGAUGACACGUUUAUUAAGCAAUAUAACUCAAGGUGAUAGAGAAAAAAUUAAGAGCGAAAUAGAAAAGAUCAAAUUUUUCGACUUGAGCGAUAAAUCUGAAGAAGAACUACAUGAAUAUAUAAGAUGUCAGGAGAAUUGGUGGAAAAAUAUAAAAUAUAAAUACUUUUAUUAUGGGCCAGUUCAUCUAGCAGCAAGAUUCGGAGACUUGGAUCUAAUGAAAAAUAUCAUGGCAGAGACGUUGCCAUGUCGUUCGUUGUACCAAGGUAAAAUAUACUCUACUGUAGUUUUUAGCGAAACGGAAUUGGAGAGUGCCAUCAGGAGUGACAAUGUUGAUCUCGUAAUAUAUUUGAUUCAACAUCGCGGGUAUUUCAGUGGCGACAACGAGGGUGAUUCAUUGAUAUUUCUGAUAUUGGUCCACGCUUUCAGAUUUAAAAGCAAUAAGAUUAUCAAGGCUUCUCUCAAUAAAUAUGACGUCAAUCACGUGUCCCCGAUCUAUGGAUCGCUUAUCAACUCCGCAGUUUACAAUGGCGACUUGGAUUUUAUCCAGCAACUUUUGGAUUUGGGUGCUUACAUAAACUCUUUGAUAAUUUAUCCAGAAAGAUUCAGAUGGUUCUAUGGGGCCUUGACACCUUUGCAGACUGCAAUUGCGUUAAAAAAAGCCGAUAUUGUCAAACUGUUGAUACGCAAUGGUGCUAAUGUCGAUGACUUGAAACCAGGUCUGAACUAUCAAAUGACUACCCUUCGAUAUGCCAUGAAUAUGAAUGCUUCGAGAGAUAUCAUUGCCGCUCUUCUUGAUGCUGGAGCUGAUGUUUUUUGCUUUUGCGGUGAUUAUGUUCUGCCGUUCUAUUACGAGCAUAGAUCUAAGUUAUUCACAAAAUUGUUGAAGGAAAUGGCAGUCAAAUUAGACACUGUUGGGUUCAAUCUGGCCAAAACUAAUAAAAUAAAACGAAUUCUUAAAGAUAAAAAGUUAGAUCGCUUUAAAUGGGAGUGCUUUGAGGAAGUUAAAAGGAUGGACAAAACUCAAAUUGAAACUACCAACAUUACGUAUUAUGAGUUGCUGACUAGAGAUGUCUAUGAAUUAGCAAUAGAUGAUCAGUAUGCUGUCUUACAGUCUGCAGUUUUUAAUAAGGAUUUAGAAGGGCAGUUUCCGUUGUACGCUGGUAUUAUUCAGGCACGCUUUAAAAAUGUUGUUAAAACAAAGAAGAAUCUGCCAAAGUAUGAGGAUUUUAUAUUAAAUCUUUUUCCUGAUGCUUCGAUUGAUUUAAUUGAUGAAUUACUACCAGUUGUUUGCGAGGAAGACUUGGAGAAGGAGUUUAAUUCAAGAGUGCAUUUGGCGAUCCGGCUCCAGCAAAUAGUUAAUUCAAUGAACUUUUAA